AUGGUGACAAACCUGAGCAUGUAUGCGUACGAGGAUGCCACGUUUGAAGAGUUCGUUGACGUUUUCGUCGGCGGGAACUUUGGAUACGGCGACUACUUCGAGCACGUGGCAUCUGCUUACAAUCUCAGGGAGGAGCCUAACGUGCUCUUUGUGACUUACGAAGAAAUGACGAAGAAUACCAGGGAAGUUCUGCUGAGAGUAGCACGAUUUCUGGGAAAACACUAUGGUCGUGCUUUAGCUGAAGAUGAAUCACUCGUUAAUAAUGUGCUGGACAGAUCCAACGCAGAGUACAUGCGCGACGUAGUUGUCAUCGACUUUCGUGAAACGCCAUUGGCCAAUAGCAAGCAGAGUUCUGAAGUAAGGCGCACCACUUGCAAGAAAGACGACGGGGGAGGCGAGACUAGGUACAGCCUAGUGAGAACCGCGAAAGUUGGAGAAUGGAAGGAGUACUUCACGCCAGCUUUGCUGAAACGGAUGGAGGAGAGGAUACGCGAGGCCGAGAAGAAAACGUCUUUCAUGGAUCUAUGGAAGGACAUCCGGACCGAAGCCAUGAAUUCUAUUGGAAGCUUUUUUGACGAUUUUGUUUGA